UACCUGGUCUUGCUUCACUGCAUCUGAGAAGAGCCGCGCUGCCCUCCUUUGCCUAGUGGAUUUUCAAAAGCAUCUGUUCAGCUUUGGGUGCUGUCGGAGACCUUGCUUUUCAUUCACCGGGAGAAAACUGCAGCUCAUAGGAGAAUCUGGCAGCUGGACCCAGCUUGGACUGCAUUGUCUGGCUCCAUGACCCCUGCUGUGUAGUCGGCUCAUCUCUGCACUCCCAUAGGCACACUUUCUUUUCUUUUUCUUCCUUCCCUUUUUAUCUUUCUUCCAAAAAAAAUUUUUUUAAACCAGCUUGGGGAGCCAGCCAUGUUUGGCACUGAAUCUUCAUUGAGCAUGUUUUUGAACACAUUAACACCGAAGUUCUAUGUGGCCCUGACAGGCACUUCCUCGCUAAUAUCAGGACUUAUUUUGUUUCUCUCUGUUCACUGGAUUCUUUCUCCUUCCAUCCUUGCUCCCCUUCAGUACUGGACAUCACAUUUUGAGAUAUUUGAAUGGUGGUAUUUUCGCAAAUACGGAACAUCCUUCAUUGAACAAGUCUCAGUAAGCCACUUGCGCCCCCUACUGGGAGGAGUUGACAACAACUCUUCCAACAAUUCUAACUCCAGUAAUGGGGACUCAGAUUCCAACAGGCAAAGUGUCUCAGAAUGUAAAGUCUGGAGAAAUCCACUAAAUUUAUUUAGAGGUGCUGAAUAUAAUCGAUAUACCUGGGUGACAGGACGAGAGCCUCUGACUUACUAUGACAUGAAUCUCUCUGCCCAGGACCACCAGACAUUCUUUACUUGUGACUCGGACCAUCUGCGUCCUGCAGAUGCAAUAAUGCAGAAAGCUUGGAGAGAGAGAAACCCUCAAGCAAGGAUUUCUGCAGCUCACGAAGCCUUGGAGAUAAAUGAAAUUAGGUCCAGAGUUGAAGUUCCCCUAAUUGCUUCCUCUACCAUCUGGGAGAUAAAAUUGUUGCCAAAGUGUGCAACUGCUUACAUUCUCUUGGCUGAAGAGGAAGCAACAACCAUUGCGGAAGCAGAAAAACUGUUUAAGCAGGCUCUGAAGGCUGGAGAUGGGUGUUACCGACGUUCUCAGCAGCUACAGCAUCACGGAUCCCAGUAUGAAGCCCAGCAUAGACGUGACACCAACGUCUUGGUCUACAUUAAAAGAAGACUAGCGAUGUGUGCCAGAAGACUGGGCAGGACCAGGGAAGCGGUGAAAAUGAUGAGAGACUUAAUGAAGGAGUUCCCACUCCUUAGCAUGUUCAACAUCCAUGAAAACCUUUUAGAAGCCCUUCUGGAGCUGCAAGCGUAUGCUGACGUUCAAGCAGUUUUAGCCAAGUAUGAUGAUAUAAGCUUACCAAAGUCGGCAACAAUAUGCUACACAGCUGCCUUGCUCAAAGCAAGAGCUGUUUCUGACAAAUUCUCUCCAGAGGCUGCAUCUCGGCGGGGGUUGAGCACCGCAGAGAUGAACGCAGUAGAGGCCAUUCAUAGAGCUGUGGAAUUCAAUCCUCACGUGCCAAAAUACCUACUAGAAAUGAAAAGCUUAAUCCUACCCCCAGAACAUAUCCUGAAGAGAGGAGACAGCGAAGCAAUAGCAUAUGCCUUCUUUCAUCUCGCACACUGGAAGAGGGUGGAAGGGGCUUUGAAUCUUUUGCAUUGUACGUGGGAAGGCACUUUCCGAAUGAUCCCGUAUCCCCUGGAAAAGGGGCACCUCUUUUACCCGUACCCCAUAUGUACAGAGACAGCCGACCGGGAACUGCUGCCCUCUUUCCAUGAAGUCUCAGUUUACCCAAAGAAGGAGCUGCCCUUCUUUAUUCUCUUUACUGCUGGAUUGUGCUCCUUCACAGCCAUGCUGGCCCUCCUGACACAUCAGUUCCCAGAACUUAUGGGGGUCUUCGCAAAAGCUAUGACUGACGCUUUCUGCCCGGCAGAGCUCAGAGACUGGGAUUGCAGGAGGCUUUUCAUGUGCGUUGAGGCUGAGCUGGAAAUCCUGCCGGCACCUCCAUCUCAGCAUUUCCAAAACUGACCUGACCGCCCUUACUCCCCACAUCCACCUGCUCCUCCCCUGUAUUCCUGAGCUGGCCAGUGGCCCUGCCACCGGUGGCCCGGCACCUGCUUGUCUCUGUCCUGCUCCCUGCCAGCCCUCUGGCCCAGCCCUCGCAUUCUGUGGUCCCGACCUCCGAGGCAGUUAGGAGGCAUGAAUGUGAGUGACCUCUUUCUCUCCUUUCGGUCCUCACAGCUUCACGAUCUCUGACCUGCGCUCCUCUACUCGUUGUAAGUGGGCUCCUUUUUAUAGGCCUCUUCUCUGCCACUCUUGCUUUAAUACUAACAGACAAAAGAUCUUUCUAAGUUGCAGACCUAAGUACUUUCCUACUUGAAUUUUUCCAGUGGUUUCCCAGCAGCUUCAGAAUGAAGUCUCCAUCCUCUAGCAUGACAUGCAGGCCUUCUGUCUCUGUCCCUGGCCUGCCUCUCGUGCUGCCUCUUGCCCCAGCUCUUGCCCAGUCACUGCUUAGCAGCACGGAUUCUCGCACGUCUCUGGGCCUUUGCACACGCCCUCGCUCUCCACGGAACGCCCUUUACCAUUACCACCCCACUGCGCACUCUACUACUGCCCCUUUUUCUUCCAUACUCAGCUUUCUUUAAGUUUCUCUGAAGCUGAGUGAGGUGUCCCUCGGCCAUGAUUCUAUGGUAUUUUACGAAUGCCAGUAUUAACAAGUUUAUUCUUCUACAUAAUUGUUGGAAAUUAUCCCCCUUUAGAAUGUAAGCUCCCUGAGGGCAGGACUGUGUCUCUCUUGUCUCUGUAUCCCCAAAGCUUUGCACAGUGCCUUGCACAUAGUAGGUUUUUAAUAAAUGUUUGUUAAAUGAAUAAACAGUAGUGGUCUCUGCAGGAAGAGUCAACGUAAAACUCAGGUGCUAUUUCGUAUUUCUUGCCUUCCUUUACGCUGAUAAACACAGACUUAAGACAGAAAGGGACCCUGACCGAAACCCUUCCGGGUACCUGGUGGAGGUACCCUAGACUCACCUUCAACACUUGCAGCCUUGGGGACCUCACCUCACCCAUCUACCACCAGGCCCGCUUCAUCGAUGAGCCAUUCCUAACUUACGCUGCUGAGGUCUGCUUCCCUUCAGCUUCCUCUUACGAUGUCCGUUCUGUCUUCUCCAAGUGUGUGUGUCCCUUUCCUC